ACAGACCAUUGAUGACUCACCCCGAAAUCUUCGUUUCAGCGAAUAACUUCUGCUGUGAAAUCGGCCGAGGUGACCGUGAAUGAAUAUCGGUGGCAGACUGACAAUGGCAGAGGCGACUCCACCUGAAGUGGAAAACCCUAAAAAUGCUUCCGAUAUCGAUUCCACGCCUUCCACCACGGAAGAUGCGUCAAUAACUCCACCAUCCGUGUCUUCUGAUGGAGGCCGCGGCGGUGAAGCGAAGGAUAAAGUGGCGGAGAUGCCGGUUAGAGCCGGCGAUGAGGAUGGUGGUGAUGUUGCCAUAACGGAUAUUCAUAAGAAGAUGAAGCGUGCUGAGAGGUUCGGAAUGCCAGUGCAGUUGUCCGAGGAGGAAAAGCGGAGUUCUCGAGCCGAGAGGUUUGGAACUGCUACUUCUGUCGGUGAAUCGGAUUCUGCCAAGCCAUCAGAGGAACUGAAGAGGAAGGCUAGAGCAGAGAGAUUUGGGAUUGUACAAUCAGAACCAUCAAAUGAGGAGGUGAAAAAGAAGGCUAGACUUGCUAGGUUUGGGUCUUCAAAGCCUGAUCCCAUCGAAGAAGAGAAAAAGAAAGCAAGGGCAAUCAGGUUUUCACAGCCACGUUCUGGUUCAAUUGCAAAUGGAAAAGGGGAUGAUGAAGUCGUAAGCUAUGCAAAUGUUUUUCAUUUCCAUUUGUUUCUUGCAGUGGUGUUUAUUUUUCUUAAAUUUUCAGAAGCCGAAAACUAUUACUGGUGAGACUGUGGGUGAAACCUAAAUGAAGGAAUACUCAAAGACAGGUAGUAAGUCAUGCUAAUUGAAUUUAUUAAUAAGAUAUCUUUGGGGUGUCUAAUUAUAUUUGAUUUCUUCUACUCCUGAUGGAUCUAGUAUUACUCAAUUUUCAGGAUGGUAGUUUGAAGUAAUCCUUCUGCACCCAACCUUUUAACACUUGAAUUAAUCUAGUUUUCCUCUAAUUUUUAACUCAAAUUGGUUAUGGUUACCUGGUGAGUCGGGGGUAUUUAACAGCAGCUUCCUCCAUUAAGUUACCAUUUCUCAAGGGUUCGGCCAACCAUAUCAAGAUGGUUUAGGAUUUACCUGUGUUCUUGCUGCAUUUUUUUUUCUUUUGUUGCCUGCGUUAUGUUGUCUGCACUUAAAUUUGGUAAUAACAAUUAAUCCGGCAACCAUGGUUUGGUAGGUUUGAGAUUGCAUUUUUGUUAGGCAGCUAUGCAGACAGUUCAUAAAAUAGAUUUGAGUCGGAAAUUUGCCUAGUGUUGAUCAUGAGUCUCUCUUGCACGGGAUUGUUCAUCUUAUCCUAUAUCUGGAAACUAAUUAGUAGUAUAUUUAACUUGGCCAUGGUUUUAGAUACUCUGUCAGCAUUAAAGAUCUUAGUUUCAUAAUGCAUAUGGACAGACAAGUCAACAUCUAGUCCUUUUACGAUCUUGUGAUCCUUAACUAUGUUUGAAAGCUUCCUAUCCCAUGUCAAGCGAAAAGGCAAUUACAUUUAACGUUCUUUCGAUGGCAGUAGAUAGCAGGAGGUAUUGGACUCAAAAGAAAAGAUGUAGAUUGAGUAGAUAAAUUGAAAUCAUUUACUAUUAUGAAUUCUUCUUAGUUACAAUUUGGUUGCAUUUGUAGUGGUUUUGAUAAUUUGAUUAGCAGUGUGAUAAGUUGUUGUAAUGUUGGCCUGAAUUUGAGAGACAGUGAGUGACUUGACAUAAUAUUAAUGUGGAGGUGUCUGUGUGUUAAUUACGUACCGUCUCACCAGGUAUACCGUACCUAUUACUAUUAGGUUUACUAAACUGCCAAUUUUGUUGUAGCUUGUUUGUAGUUUUAAGUUUCAUCAGACAUAUAUGUAAUAGCCCGAAUGCUAUAUUAUUGUGUCCAUUUUGGACCUUAUAUUUUGCUCACUA